UGCCUGGGACCCCCACCCUUCCUGGUACCCACCCAUGCCUAAGUCAGGAUGGUCUCUCCUUUUCAAAAGUCCUCCUGAGCACAGUUGUAUUUGACCUUCAUAGCCCCCUAGGGAAGAAGGUCGAUAUUAUCACCCACUUCUAGCAAGUGCAGGGAGAAAGCGGAGAGAGUGGUUAUCACACCUGGACUCUCAAACACUGCCUCUCGGCCGCCUAAGCCCUGGGCAGCUGCGAGGAGUGGGACCUGCUCCCUGGCUGAAGGCCUGGGCCCAGGCACAGUGCCGGCUCCGCCCUGGCUCCUUCCGGCUCCCCACGUGCGGCCCCAGCUGUCAGGACACUGGACAGAGGGCCCGGGACAGGGUAGGAGUGCCCAGGCCUGAGAGCUGCGCGCAGGGACUGCCUCCAGCCUGCAGCUGCCUCUGUGACUCCUCCUCCUGGUCAGGCCCGAGCCCUGAUGCCCGAGGCCUGGUCCCGCAGCCUCCUUCUCAGCAGUUGACUUUCUUCCCAUAGAUCAGUGUGGCUUCUCUGGCCAGACUUCAGGGGACAGGAGAGCCCCUCCCUACAGCCCUGGUGGGAGGGCUUUCAGAGUGGGCCAAACCCUCUAUUGUGCAUAUGAAGAAAGGGGGUCCACCCAGAGGUAAGCCUGGUCUAAGGACAUCCAGGAGCCCGGAAGCCUUAAACGGCAGCCUCUAAGCCUCACCAGACCCUGACAAGACCAGUUGUAUAAUCCAGGCUCUGGCCAGGCCUGGGGUCAGGACCCAGAGGGGAGUGGCCCCGUCCCUGGAACAGGCUUUUUGGGGGAGGAAGUGAACAGCACCACUCUGGGCUGCUCCUGGGGAACAGCCAGUUUUUCCUGGCCCAGCCCUCUCCGGUACUUCCGUGAGAAGCAGAUGCGGGCGAGGCUAAGUCAUGUGCCUCAGCUCCCGUGUUUACUGCGUGACCAACUGAAAAUGGGGCCCAAGUCCACAGCAUAACCACUGCACCAUCCAGCCUCCACUGCACUGGUCCUUCUCCUGCCCUCCCCUGGGUCCUGUUGAGUGUCUGUCCACCUUCAGGUCACAUGUGUACAGCCCCUGUGGUCACACCCAGCACCGUCAGGGCUUUGAGCCACCAAGUGCGGGAGCUGUGGACCCGGGUACCCUACUCCUCUGGAGGCCAUGAAAGGGCCCAGGGAGGAGAUUGUCUACCUGCCCUGUAUUUACCGAAACACAGGCAUUGAGGCCCCGGAUUAUCUAGCCACAGUGGACGUUGACCCCAAGUCUCCCCAGUAUUGCCAGGUCAUCCACCGGCUGCCCAUGCCCAACCUGAAGGACGAGCUGCACCACUCGGGAUGGAACACGUGCAGCAGCUGCUACGGGGACAGCAGCAAGGCCCGCAGCAAGCUGGUGCUGCCCUGCAUCAUCUCCUCCCGCGUCUACGUGGUGGAUGUGGGCGCCGAGCCCCGCGCCCCGAAGCUGCACAAGGUCAUUGAGCCCGAGGACAUCCAUGCCAAGUGUGGCCUGGGCUACGUUCACACCAGCCACUGCCUGGCCAGUGGGGAGGUGAUGAUCAGCACGCUGGGAGACCCCAAGGGCAAUGGCAAAGGGGGUUUCGUGCUGCUGGAUGGAGAGACCUUUGAGGUGAAGGGGACGUGGGAGAAGCCUGGGGGUGCUGCGCCUUUGGGUUAUGACUUCUGGUACCAGCCUCGACACAAUGUCAUGAUCAGCACCGAAUGGGCAGCUCCCAACGUUUUUAGAGAAGGCUUCAACCCCGCCGAUGUGGAGGCUGGACUGUAUGGAAGCCACUUGUACGUGUGGGACUGGCAGCGCCAUGAGAUCGUGCAGACCCUGACUUUACAGGACGGGCUCAUCCCCCUGGAGGUCCGCUUUCUGCACAACCCAGCUGCUGCCCAGGGCUUCGUGGGCUGUGCCCUCAGCUCCAACAUCCAGCGCUUCUUCAAGAACGAGGGAGGCACUUGGUCGGCAGAGAAGGUUAUCCAGGUGCCCCCCAAGAAAGUGAAGGGGUGGAUCCUGCCUGAAAUGCCAGGCCUGAUCACCGACAUCCUGCUGUCCCUGGAUGACCGCUUCCUCUACUUCAGCAACUGGCUGCAUGGGGACCUGCGUCAGUAUGACAUCUCUGACCCACAGAAGCCCCGACUCACGGGACAGCUCUUCCUGGGGGGCAGCAUUGUGAAGGGAGGCCCUGUGCAAGUGCUGGAGGACCAGGAGCUCAAAUCCCAGCCAGAGCCCCUGGUGGUCAAGGGGAAACGGGUGGCUGGAGGCCCUCAGAUGAUCCAGCUUAGCCUGGAUGGGAAGCGUCUGUAUGUCACCACGUCGCUGUACAGUGCCUGGGACAAGCAGUUUUACCCUGAUCUCAUCAGGGAAGGCUCCGUGACGCUGCUCGUUGAUGUGUACACCGCAUAG